AUGGUUGAAAUUGGGUCUGAUUUGGGCAUGGUUCGAUUAGCAGAUGAGGCGAAGUCUGCGCAGGCCCAGGCCGAGCGCGAGCGCAUCGAGAACGAGAACCGCGUGGAGAAGGCCAAGCAGGCCUACCUGCAGUACCUCCAGGGCCGCAACGACAAGGAGGCGUUCCGUCUGCAGCGCAUGCUCAGAGGCCUGCCGCCAGACCCCUUCGACGAGAAAGCAGCGCGCAGAGCGGAGGCGGACCUGUGGAAUGUAGAGAUGCCAGACGAGGAGCUCCCAGACAUCGAGCCCGCCGACAUGCAGCAGCCCUACCGCCUGCAGAUGUCCAUGAACAUCGAGGAGUAUCCGCCCAGCGCCGCCACCGGGGCUCCCAACACAUUCCAGGGAUCCUUCUCGACGCCGUCCACUCCUGUCCGCAGUCCUGUCCACAGUCCUGUCCACAGCCCUGGUUUCGUCCCCGGCUUCAGCCCCGGCUUCAACCCCUACGCCCCGCCCACGCCCCCCUCGCCACCGUCCUUCCCCAGCUACCAAGAGUACGGGGGCGAGGUGAGCGACAUCGAGCCGCCCGAGGCCAUGUACAACGAGGAGGCCAGCUGGGAGCCCGAGCCUCCCCCACAGCCCCUGCUGCCCGACCCGGAGGAGGACGACAUCAUCCCCCCGAUCUCGCCGCCCCGCUACAUGUACCAAGGCCGCCCCGCGCCCCACGACCCCGGGGACCUGAUGUGGGAGUGGGAGGCACCGCCGCGACCGGCCUACGAACUGCCGAUACUGCCAGAGCCAGAACCCUACUCGGCCGAGCUCUUCAGGCUCGUGAGGCUGUAACGGGAACAAAGCAUUGA